GCGUGGCCACGUGACAAGGCAACGUCGUAGCCAUAGCAACAACCAGAGCAUGGCUAACGUCAGGAAAAAGUCAGUCAAACUUUUUAGUAUUUUCGCCUUCGUUCUGUAAGAGACUAUUGACUAUGGGAGAUGAGGAGAUUUCUAUGGAGGCGCAGCAGGAAGGGGAGAAGGAAAUGAAGAUGGUUCCUUCCUGUCCUCCACUCUACCCACUGCCUGAAGAGAUAAAAAAGAUGGAGCGCAGUGAGACGAUGUGUCGCUACUGCGGUGUGAGCUACCUCAUUUUCCACGAGUUCCAUCAGCUCCGCACUCGACUGGCUCAGUUGGAGGAAGAGCUCCAGGAACUGCGAGAGACCACCCAGAGAGAGAAGGCCCAGCGAGAGGCACUGGAGCUGGGCAGGCUGGAGUGGGAGAGGGCAUUUCACCUGGAGGCACAGAGACAGACAGAGGAGGAAGAGAAACGCAUAAGAGAAGAGCUAGAAGAGAGGAACAAAGACACAGUGAGAGCUCUGAGAGAGGAGUUUGAACAAAAGCAUGAGAAGCAGAGGCAAGAGAUGAAAGAGGGGUAUCAGAAAAUCAGUGAAGAAAAAGAGAGACAACUUAGAAGAGAGCUGGGAGACUUGGAGGCGGAGACACUGAGGAAGCAGCGAGAAGAGCUGCGCAGGAUGACCGAGGAGGGAGAGAAAGUUCUGAGUGACGCACUUCAAAAGGCCAAUAAAGAUUUAGACGAGCUGAGAAAAUACUUCCAACAGCUGGAAGAGAGGCUGGCAAAAACGGCUUCCACGAUGAAGGAGGCAGAGCAGCUACUCCACAAAGAGAAGCAGCACGGUGAAAUUCUCAGAGGAGUGUGUGUGCGACAGCAGCAGGCCCUGCAAGCGACUCGCUCUGUGCUCCGAUCCUCUGGCAGUGAGCUCACAGAUGUACGGGGUUUCCUCAGCCAGAUGAUGGGGGUCUGGCAGGCCUUCCGAUCUCAGAUAUUGCAGCGCAGCACACAGGUGUUCUCAGAGAGAACAGUGCUGAGAGAGGAGCUGAGGCAUUCCAGUGUGGAGUUACAGAACAUGAGAGAAGAGAAAGAGUGCCUAACUCAGCAGCUGAUGGAGCAGAGGAGACAGUGUGAGCAGCAGCUGUCCCAACAGAAAGACGCUGAGAACGAGCACAGGGAAAAACUACUCAGGUUAAAAGGAGAGUUGGAGGAGAAACAUGAGAGGUGGUUGUCAUGCCAACGAAGGUGUGACACCAUACAGGGGCAGCUGGCGUCAUGGCAGCAGAGAGAGGGACAAAUGAGUCGGAACUACUGUGCAGCUGAAGAGGAAGUGACACGACUGAGGAAUGCUCUGGAAAUUGCCACGCAGGAAACGAGAGAGCUGAGGAGAGAAAGGGAGAUAUUGAUAGAGUCCCAUGGCAGAGCCCUGACCAAGAUGGAGGAAGACUGCAGACAACAAAUGUCCUCAAAGCUGGCUGCCGCCCUGGAAGAGCAGAGAACCCAGAAUGCAUUGCACCUGAGGGAACAGAUGGAGGAGCUUCGCAGGGAGGUGGAGUUAGAGCUGACAAUUGACAGGGAGAAGAACCAACUGCUGCUCCUACAGUACCAGCGAGGCAGCACACAGCUUCAGCACAAGCUGGAGGAGAGAGAGCAGGUGCUAGUAGAACUGCAGGACGAGCUGCAGGAGGAAAGGAGGAGCAGGGUGAAGGAGAGAAGGAGAGAGGAGGAAAUACACCAGAAGCUGCAGCUCUCCCAACAGCAGGAGGCGCUACAGCGGAGCCAAGCAAAAGCUGAACUACAGCUGGUGACGGAGAGGAAUGCUGAACUUCAAGAAGAGGUGGCGUUACUCCAGGAGACAGUAAGAAAGGAGUGUGAGGAGAGGGAGGAGCUGACUGCUGCCCUGUCUCAAGCUCAAGAGGAGCUUCUUGGGCUGCGAUCCCUAGCAUCUCAUCAGGGUUCCUCCAGGUCUCCUCCAACCCCCAUGGAGAGACUAACUCCCCCAGGGAACAAGCAUUACCAUCUCCAUGGUCAAACCCGGGUACCUCUUACUCGCUCUUUGAACUCCCCAAACACACUGCGACCCUCUCCUGCCUGCCCAGACAAAGACAGCGGACAGGGCACAGAUGGAGGAAGAGCAGGGAGGAGUUUUGAGUCUUGGAAUCGUGGUAGAGAAAAAAGACGAGAGGGGACACUGCCGAGACUGAAAGCCAGCAGCAGCGUGAGCGAAGUCAAAAGUACGGUCAGUUUGGCGAUGGUGAGGAAGGAGAGACUGUAAAAAGCAAUCUGAAUGAAGGACCAUAUAUGUAUUAAACAGCUAUUGCGCCUUCAAAAAUAAAACAUUUCAAUGUUG